UAGUGAAGAUGUCAGGCACACCCCCCGACCUUUCUCCCAGCCAACAGCUCUGAUAAGUGGGCAGGCCUUGAGCCUGGAGACCCACAGACACACUUGGAUGAUUUCACAGAAAUCAGCUAGGCAGUCUCCUCGUAGGGCUCCGAGGAGUCCGGAUGUGCUGCAGACAUGGCCAACAAGACCAAUGCCUCUGCCCUGCUCUACAGCUACGAGUACUACCUGGACUACCUGGACCUCAUUCCCGUGGAUGAGAAGAAGCUGAAAGCCAACAAGCAUUCCAUCGUCAUUGUCUUCUGGGUGAGCCUGGCUGCUUUCGUGGUGCUUCUCUUCCUCAUCCUGCUCUACAUGUCCUGGUCAGGCUCCCCACAGACGAGGAACACCACCCAGCACGACCCAAUAUGUCCCUGGAGUCACGGCCUCAACCUUCCCCUCUGUGUCUGGAGGCACCCACCGCGCCACAGGGCUCCCCAGGGGACCCCGCCGGCUCCACCGAGCUCAGUUGAGGAACCAUGGAGCAGAGCAUCUGGGCCCGACCAGCAGCUGCAGCCGGAGAGCCCCUCUGCCUCACCCCCCACAGACCCCCAGGCUCACCCUGCCCUCCUCUGGGAACUGGCCCUCGAUGGGGACCCCCACAGCAUCAGCUGA